AUGUCAUGACAGCAUGGCGGAGAAACCCAUCUGAUUAAAAAUUGGACAUUAACCUUGAUUUUUUUCACUUAUAACCGGCGAUACGGUUUUAGAGCAAGUAUAUCGCUUGUAACUUUCAUCGAGGUAUAUCUCCACUCGGCACACAAUUAGAAACAAUGGGUUUAAACGAGGAUUUCCAAAAGGCAGCUGAAGAUGUAAAAAAAUUGAAGACAUCUCCGACCAACGAAGAACUGUUGGAGAUUUAUGCCCUUUUCAAGCAGGCAACCGUAGGUGAUAACAAUACCGAUCGACCCGGAAUGUUAGAUAUGAAGGGAAAGGCCAAGUGGGACGCUUGGACCGGUAAAAAGGGACUUUCAGCGGAUGAUGCCAAAACCCAAUACAUUGCAAAGGUGCAGAGUCUCAUCGAAAGAAUUGGAAUGAAUUAAUUAGCACAAAUUUUAUAUACCACACCAUUUUUAUACAAUUUGUUAUUUUGUGUUACACUAUUUAUUGUGCUGUGCUGUGCUCGCACCAAUAAACAAUCGUGAGGCUGAGGA